UGUCUGCAGGCAGUCCCAAUCCUCUAUUAAUGGCGCCUUUGGAAAGUGCUCCGCCUCGCGUCUCUUCGAACUUAGCGCAGUAAUCCCUAUGAAAGCCCUUCGCCUCAGCUCCUAAGCGACAACGACAGCCUCCGACACCGUCCCAGUAAAGAUGGCGCGACUGAUUUCCUCCGCCGACUCCGACGCCGCCGCUGCUGCGUCGCACCGCGUGGUGUUCGUGGACACCAGCCUCGACACUCACCUCGCGAUGGCCGUCUCCGAAUCCGACACAGUGUCGGACCUCAAAAAGAAAAUUAUUCAAGCGCACCAGCCGUGCUUUCCGCAGUUCGGGGAGAUCAAAAUCAACGCAGUAAAGGUCGAGCGAAGAGGGCACUCUUAUCACUUGUCUGACUCCAUGCUCGUGAUAAGUGCAUUCAAUGGGAUGAAGAAAGAUUUGUUUCUUGAUGUUGAUGCUUCGAGUCCAGGGGAGCGCCAAUGUUUCACUGCCGUCAUUGAGGAACCUCCUAAUGCUAUAGUGGAGAUUAAGGAAAGGAGUGAUGAACAUGGGACCAUUGGUGCCAUAGGAAAUUGCGGUAAAGUUGUAGGAGAUUUAGGGGUCGCAUUUGAAGCGUAUGAUCUAGAAACUUUGCCGCCAGUUGUGAAGUGCUCGGGAUUACUGGAUGAAGGUAGUCCAUCAGAAAUUAGUCCGAGCAAGAAAAGGAGGAAAAUGAAAAGCCAGGCAUCAACACCUCUCAAUUCAUCCGAUGCUACUGUUCCUCCUUCUGGGAAGGUUGUUCCGGACCAGAGUCAUGGGGAAACGAUGGAAGUUAAUGCUGGGGCUGCUGUCACUAACCUUGAGAAAGCCAUUGUCUUAGGAAGUUUUCAUACUGCACCAUCUUCUGAAGUCCUUGAUAGUAGCAAGAAGGCUGAUGAUGGUCUUGUUCAGCGAGCAGAUGCUGAGAUGAAUGAUCAGGGUGCUGGUAAAAAGAAAAGCCAAAGUGCAGCUGAUUUUGUCGAUGGGGAUCCCUCUCUUCUUCAUGAGAUGGAUGUUGGACUUCUUUCAGCUGGGAAUGCUGUUCUAGCCAAUAAUCAACUAUUGGAAACUGGUCGACGUGAUACGAAUGAAGUGUUGCAGGGCGACGAUGCUCAUGUGGGUGCUGAAGAAGUUAAUGUUGCCCACGCAGCAGAUACUGAUAAUGUUCUGGAAAAUACAGUUUCUCCAAAAAGAAGGAAGAAGAGUAGCAGACAGAGGCCUCCUGGAGAAAAAUUGGAAAUAUCAAAUUCAAAAAGUGAUGAAGGUAAUCCUGGUGAUGGUUCUUUCAUUGACCUUCUGCAAGCUGUAGAUUAUAUUCAAUCUGAAAAUAGGUUGAAUGAUGAAAAGAACUUGUCAGAGGAGGGAAAGGAAAUAGCAGUUGCAGAUGCAGACAAAAAAUCUGGCGAGGAACAUGGACUUGAGAUGGAAAUCUCUCGGGAAAUCACAGAAAAUGCUGGAAUUGAUGUGGGGAAGAGGGAGAAGAGAAGUAAAAGACAAAUUUUGAAGGAGAAAAAUGUUGAUCAGAGAAGUGAUAGACCUGAGCAAGAUCGAAGCAGGCAAUCGAAAGUUGAGAAAAUCAAAAUAGCAGUUGGGGAUGCAAAUGAGAAGUCUGGUAAGGGGCAUGAAAAUGAGAUGGAAAUAUCUGGGGAAAUUGCAGAAAAUGCUGAACCCAUCAUAGGGAAGAUUAAAAGGAGAACUAAGAAAAGGAGUUCUAAGGAUGACCGGAUAAGAGAUGGGCCUGGGAGAGAGCAAAGCAGUCCAUCCAAAGACGAGGGAAAAGAAACCAGGUCAAUGGCUGCUAAUAAAAAAUCUGACGAGGAGCGCAUGGAUGAGAUGGGAUCUCUGCAGCAUAUCCCAGAUGAAGCAGCAGUUGAAGAUGAUCUUGAGGUGAAGAUACAGAAGAAGAAAACUAAGAAAUGGAGUUCUAAGGAGAAAAAGGAUGAUCAAUCGAUUCAUAACAUCGGAAAAGAGCAAAGCUAUUUGCCUCAAGCAGAAGGAGGAGGUGUGCCGGCUGUGGAUGCUGAUGGCAAGGACAUUACAGAGAAAUCGGCAGAUGCAGGUAAUCUCGAGGAGAAGACAAAGAAAAGGGCUACGAGACAGAGAUCUAAGGAGAAGAGUGCUGAUAGAAUUGAUAAAAGUGGAAGCCAGUUUUAUCUCAAGCAGAGGGAGCGAAAACAAUAGCUAAUAUGGUUGCUGAAAAUAUAUCCUAGGAGAAAGUAUGGCAUUAGUGAUUCUGCAGGCAUCCCGUAAAAAGUUGUGUCCAUCUUAGUUGGAGCUGUUAACCCUGACAACAACGAGGCCAUGUAUGGUCGGUUGCUAGCCAAAUAUGUUGUUCACCAGUUGAAAGUUCCUUUUGGGUGUACUAAGAACUUAUUACCCAUGGUUUUUGUUGAUAUGGUGUACUCAUGCUAAUGACUACUUAUGCAAAUGGCUGGACAGUCUUAUAAAGAACCAUGACUACUUGAUAGAGUGAUCAUAA